UCAAACAGAUGCCCGGUGACUCCUCAACCAGCUGCCCCUCCGCUGGCUAAGUCAAACUCUCCGUUCACACUUAACUCACCGCGUUUUAAAAUCCCGCGGGAAGAAACAGAGUCCCGCCAUGGAUGACGACGGCGACCCCAACGGCAAGCGCCCCUUCCCUUUCCACGAAGAGGAUGAGCCCCUCGAAAUCCUCUCCUGGGCCUUAUCUCCGGCGUCGGAGGCGGUGCGCGAUGCGUUAAUCCUCCUCGAGUCGGCUCCGGCGCUGACGCUGUCGCCGCUUUCCGUCUAUGCGGAGUACAGAGAAUGCUCUGUCGGCGAACAUGUAGGCGCCGGCCUGGAUAAUGCCUCGUUAUUUCCUCCUGCUCGUCCGCACGAUGCGUUCGUUCUCCUCGAAUCGGCUCCGGUGGCGACGUUGCCGUCCUCCUCCGCGUUUGCAGCAAACAGAAGAUGCACUCCCGGCGGAAAUGUAGGCGACGGCGCGAAUGAGAAUUUCCACGGGAGUUCCAUCCCGUUCUGGGCCUUAACUACACCGCCUCCGGCGCAGCACGACGCGUUCUUCUCGGUUCCAGCUUUGCCGUCCUCCGCCUUCUUCCAGUACAUAAGAUGCUCUCCCGCCGAAAAAACAGGCAGCUGUGGGGCGGGAAAUAUCCACCGGAGAUUUAUCCAAUUCUGGCAGUCCAUGGCGGCGGAAAGCUGGCGGAGGGUCGCCGCCAAGGAAUCAAUGUCGGAGGGCAACGGCGGCCGCGGCCCUGGGUUCCAGCACAUGAUGAGGGAGAGGCAGAGGAGGGAGAGGAUGAGCCAGAGCUACGCCGAGCUCCAUUCUCUGCUCCCUCGUGGAUCAAAGGGCGAUAAGAUCUCGAUCGUUCGGUCUGUGACGGAUUACUUGAUCGAGCUGCGGUGGGAGAGGGAGAGGCUGUGGCGGCGGAGCCGAGAGCUGGAGCUGAUGAACCGCGGGAAGGCCGAGGAGGAGGGGAAGAAGAUCAAAAUGGAGGUGAAGUCCGCGUCGCCGUUUGGCAAUGUGAUUUCUGCUCUUCGAGUCUUGAAGAGAAAGGGAGUGGAGGCGUCGGCGAUUGGAACCGAGUUCUCCGGAGAGAAAUUGACGGUGGAAUUGGUGGUGGAAACAGAGGAGGGGAGGACGGAGGCUGAGAGAGUACUGAAGGCUGCUUUGGAUGAAAUAGAAGAGAGUUAAAUAACAUUUAAAAAAUUACUCUGAAGCCAUCAAUGUUUAUGAAUAUUUUAUUUUACCACUCCAUUUAGUUUCCAAAUAACAGUUUGAGUGUCUCAACUGGUGUAUUGGAGUGGUAAAGAAUUUAAAGAAAUAAU